GUCUCACUUGCGAGUUUUGUCUUGGGCGGUGUACGCCGAAAAUAAUGCGACGACUUCUCUAUGGGACCACGAAAGGAAAGCGUUGUUUUCUUCCAUCCCGAUCUGGGAAUUGGCGGUGCAGAACGACUCGUCAUCGAUGCAGCAGUAGGACUUCAGAACCGUGGACACAAAGUCACUAUAUUUACCUCGCAUUGUGACCCCAAACACUGUUUUCCCGAAGCUAGUGAUGGCACGCUGGAUGUUCGCGUUCGAGGCAAUACAAUAGUGCCUCCGAAUAUCUUGGGCCGUCUGUCUAUUUUUUGCGCAAUUCUCCGACAGCUCCACCUUAUCCUCUCAAUUGCAGUCUUUACAUCCGAGUUGAAAAAUCUCGAACCGACACGCUUCCUCGUCGACCAGCUCAGCGCUGGGAUUCCCCUUCUGCGGAUCCUCUCUCCACGUGCCAGAAUCCUAUUCUACUGCCACUUCCCAGACAAAUUGCUCGCUCAUAAAGGCGGCUUGUUGAAGACUAUCUACAGGCUCCCAUUUGACUGGUUAGAGAGUUGGAGCACUGGUUGCAGUGAUGGAAUCGUCGUGAACAGCAAGUUCACGAAAAGCGUAUUCUAUGAGGCGUUUCCGCGUUUAGAUUGGGUGGAUGCGCGGGUGGUGUAUCCGUGCGUGGAUGUCAAGGAAGCGGAGAAACAGACUGAGGAGGAGAGACUGUGGAAGGGGAUGAAGAUCUUUAUAAGCAUCAAUCGUUUCGAAAGAAAGAAGGAUGCGGGUCUUGCAAUUAGGGCUUACGCAGGGCUACCAAAGGAGCAGAGGGAAAACACCAGGCUCGUUAUUGCAGGUGGCUACGAUCCUCGAAUCGCAGAAAACGUAUCGUACCUCACCGAGCUGCAAGCGUUAGCAGACUCUCUGGGUUUGUCUCACGCUACAGCGAAAACAGUCAUGACGGCGCUUGCCAUUCCAAACGAUAUCUCCGUCCUCUUCUGUCCCUCCAUAACCAACACGUUCAAGAGUGCUUUACUCCACUCAGCUAGUCUCCUGAUCUAUACUCCGCGCAACGAGCACUUUGGUAUUGUGCCUUUGGAGGCCAUGCUAGCUGGAGUUCCCGUGUUGGCUGCGAACGAAGGAGGUCCCACUGAAACAGUUCUUGAAGGAAAGACAGGCUGGUUAAGAGACGUGACUAAGCCUGAUGAGUGGACAAGCGUGAUGAAGAAAUUCCUAGACGGGACAUUGGAUGACAAACAAAUAAAUGACAUGGGUGAAAAUGGCAAAAAACGUGUUAAAGAUAUGUUCUCAAAGGAUAAAAUGUCGUCCUCCUUUGAAGAAGAACUCAAAAGACUGGAAGAUAAACCCCGGAAAUCAGUGGUCGAUCCGGUGGUGUGGAUGUUUUUGAUAAGUCUAAUACCCGCGUACUUAGCCGUCCUGUAUAUGCUUUUUGUAAAAAAUAUGGGAUGAAAUGAGACAUUAUACCUCUUUUGGGACGUCUGA